UUUUCCACAAAAUGGAAUCAUCAGCCUAUGCAGAACCUGUUUCUGCAAGCGCUUUGAGCGUCUAAGCAGAAGCACAGCAGGGACAGGAACAGCCGUAUGUUAGCGGCAGGCUCCGUGUAUUUCUGCCGGCUUCUGUGGCACAAAACAAGUUUUCCUCUCUUUGUUUUCUGACUUUUUCCUCAGAUGCUGUUUGCCCUUAGUGUUCCUGCUGCUGAUGCAGAAAGUUUCCCUGCAGGAGAUUGAAGGUUUUGUGGGCGACACCGUCAUCUUGCCAUGCCUUAUCAGUGGUAAAGCGCUGCCAAAUAAAGUCACCGUAUUCUGGAGAUUCAGAGACAGCGGCACCGUGUACGACAUCGUCGACAGCAGAGCGUCGUUGGAUGAACAGGAUGUGCCGUUCAGAGGCCGAGUUGACAGCUUUCCAGACGAGUGGACUAAAGGAAACUUCUCCAUCAAACUCAGCGGUGUGAAGAAGACGGAUGGAGGAAUGUACACUUGCUUCAUUCCUGGAGUCAACAUUCAAACAACAAUAUACCUGAUUGUUAAUGUGUCCUUGCAGGAUGUUCAAGCCUUUGUAGGAGACACCGUCAUCUUACCGUGUUCAAACAGUCAUGAGGCACUGCUGGUUAAAGGCACUGUGUUCUGGAGAUUUGGAGACACCAUCACUGUGUACGACAUCACGGACAGCAGCGUGAAUUUUGAUGAGCAGGCCACAUCCUACAAAAACAGAGUGGACACUUUUCCAGCUGAGUGGACAAAGGGAAACUUCUCCAUCAAACUCCGCGAUGUGAGGAAGAGUGAUGGAGGAACGUACACCUGCUUCCUUCUUAACGUCAACGCCAAAAACAAAGUACAGCUGACUGUCAAAGAUCGUCCAGUCACACCAACAGACAGUAACUCAAGAAACGGCAACGUCAGAAGAAGACCAGACCGACUUUCACUUCUCUUUGCGUUUCUGCUGGGAUGCUCUCUGCUGUGCGCUUAAGCUCGACAGACGAACCUGCGCUAUCGAAAGUACAAUCCUAGAAACACGGUUCUAGCUGAGCUGUUCAGAAAGAUCUGCCUGUUUUUCUCCAACAGAACUGUGAUUCUCCCACUGCAGGGCUGGUAUUCCAGUAGGUUUUAGAUGCUUUACUGCAUAUGGGUGGGUUGGGGAAGUCAUGAUACUUGGAGAAAAAGUCAAGAUAUUUCAGGAAAAAAGUCAUUUUGAGAACAGAAUGAGGAGCGAAGUGAUUGAUAUUUGUGUUUGUACAUACAUCACUAGAUAUUUACUCCUGAUCAGAGCAAAUCCAGUAGUUCGGUAAACAUUAACCCUUUAAGGUCGAACAAAAACUUGGCUACACUGCGUUUAUUUGAUAUGUAAAGAACAUUCGCCAACAAACCCAAACAAUUCAGAGAUUUUGGUUUAGUCUGUCUCACAAAUGACAUCUUUCAGCAACUGACCGCCUGAAUUGGAAUCUGAUUAAUACAUUAGAAAUGCUGUAUUGUUACUGUUAAAUUAUUUAUUACAAGCGCUUGUCGAUCCAAACUGCUCCGAAUGAACAAUCCAACAUUAAAAGAAGCCCCGGGCAUCUUUUAUACCGUGAUAGGAAACACAGCAGCUCACGGAAAGCUCAGAUUCGGUGUGCAGAUAUUUUGGAAACGUAUAUAUUUUGAAUCAUUAGUGAAGAAUAUGUCGGCCCUCAGGUAUUUUAAUCUGGCUCUCUUUGAUCUAAGCUUGGACGGCCUUGAUGCAAAGGAAACAAGGGCUAAAAAACGGGCUGGACACUCUGAGGUGGACUGAGUUAUUACUCUGCCGCCCUGGUUGAGCCGAAGCUGCACUCGUAUCUCUGGGGAAAUGUAAGAGGGUGUAGUGUCCUUGGUAGAUUAGCUCGUCUGGAAGGUUUCAGAGGGCGUGAGAAUGAUAAUGUUGGCAGGCUUUACACAUCAACAUCGCUGCACAACGCAGAGGAAACCGGCACUUCAACGCUGUUCCUCUUUACUGUCUACAUAGAUCACGUUUUCAGCACUGCACAUCUAGAAUAGCCGCUGUGCUGCUCCCAGAUCAGCUCAUCCGCUUCACGGUGAUUGAUGAUGCAUCUCCACCCCAGAGUGUUCAGCCUUAGCAGCUUUAACGAAGGGAUGUAAUUUCGGUAUGAGAACUCCUAGAAAACCUCGCAUCUCCAACAUGGUAACUUUACAGGAGAAGGAGAAACCUUGGUUUAAUUUUACUGUGAGUGAAUGGAACCAGAUUUUUGGGCUGGUUCUUUUGGUCCAUUCAUCAUGACAUUUGUAUACAAUGUAAAGGACAACAGGCAUUACAUGAAGAAUGGAGAUACGAGGUUUUCUUUCCCGCAGCUGUGAUGUGUAUCGCCGUACUGAUAUUAGACUGCAGAGCUCUUUUGUGUACACUUUGAACUGUUUAUGUAUAAUAUUUAUUUAUUUUAUAUAUUUGUGUUUAUUCCAAAAGGGGCAGAUUAACUGGAACGUAUCAUCAGUUCCUCAUUGCAGCUUUGAAGAAUUUACGUAUUUCUGGUACUCCUGACUUACGGGAGGCAAAUCCUGCCAAAAAGGAAAUGAAAAUGAAAACAAUAACAUGUCAAAGGCCAAACACAAGACUGGUCAAGCACAGACUAGUUCAUAUGACUUAGAAAACUAUGGUGUAUCUCGAUAUAAA